AUUAUAUAUAGAAUAAUGUGACGGUUGCUCACCACCUUCCCUCACCAAAGCCAAAACCAUGUUAGGCACUCCUCACACCCUCAUACUCCUUCUCUUCCUCUUCCUCAUCACCACCUUCUCCCACUCCCUUGUCUUCAACAUAACCAACUUCGACGACCCUGCCGCCGCCACCGCCAUAUCCUACGAGGGCGACGGAAGAACCACCAACGGCUCCAUCGACCUCAACAAAGUCAGCUACCUCUUCCGCGUCGGAAGGGCCAUCUACUCCAAACCCCUCCACCUGUGGGACCGGUCCUCCGACCUUGCCAUCGACUUCGUCACGCGUUUCACCUUCUCUAUUGAGAAGUUGAACUUAACCGAAGUCGCCUAUGGAGACGGCUUCGCGUUUUACUUGGCUCCGUUGGGGUACCGGAUUCCGCCGAACUCCGGCGGCGGAACCUUUGGGCUUUUCAACGCUACCACCAACAGCAACCUCCCCGAGAAUCAUGUUGUCGCGGUGGAGUUCGACACUUUCAUCGGCUCCACCGACCCGCCGACGAAGCACGUCGGCGUGGACGACAACUCCCUUACCUCGGCUGCGUUCGGAAACUUCGACAUCGACGACAACCUCGGAAAGAAGUGCUACACCUUGAUCACUUACACCGCCUCCACUCAAACACUCUUCGUUUCUUGGUCCUUCAAAGGAAAACCAGCAUCCACAAACCACAACGACAAUUCUUCUUCUUUUUCUUACCAAAUUGACCUCAAGAAAAUUCUCCCGGAGUGGGUCAACAUUGGAUUCUCAGCCUCCACGGGACUUUCCACCGAAAGAAACACUAUUUAUUCAUGGGAGUUCAGUUCAUCUUUGAAUGGUUCCCCUGCGGAUUUCGAGAAUGUGAAACUAAAGCACCAAAGCUCAAAGCUUGCUUUGAUUCUUGCCGUUCUUUGUCCACUGGUUCUGCUCUUUGUCUUGGCUAGUCUGGUUGCUGUUUUCUUGAUAAGGAAAAAACGAAGAAGCCAUGAUGAUUGCAUGUUAUAUGAAGUUGGUGAUGACGAGCUAGGACCCACAUCGGUUAAGUUUGAUUUGGACAAAGGAACCAUUCCAAGAAGAUUCGAGUACAAAGAACUCGUGGACGCCACGAACGGGUUUUCAGACGAUAGAAGGCUUGGACAAGGAGCUUCAGGGCAAGUCUACAAGGGUGUCUUGAGCUACCUAGGAAGAGUUGUUGCCGUGAAGAGAAUCUUCGCGGACUUCGAGAAUUCCGAGAGAGUUUUCACCAACGAGGUCAGAAUAAUAAGCCGUUUGAUUCACAAGAACUUGGUCCAAUUCAUAGGGUGGUGUCACGAAGAAGGCGAGUUCUUAUUAGUCUUCGAGUACAUGCCAAACGGGAGCCUCGAUUCUCAUUUGUUCGGGAACAAGAGAGUACUAGAGUGGCAUCUAAGGUACAAAAUUGUGUUGGGCGUGGUGAACGCGCUUCAUUAUCUUCACGAAGACGCAGAGCAAUGCGUGCUUCAUAGGGAUAUAAAAUCCGCGAACGUGUUGCUGGACACGGAGUUCAACACAAAGGUGGGGGAUUUCGGCAUGGCGAAGUUGGUGGAUCCGAGGCUGAGGACUCAGAGGACGGGAGUGGUGGGAACCUAUGGUUAUUUAGCGCCUGAGUAUGUUAACGUGGGGAGGGCGAGUAGGGAAUCGGAUAUCUACAGUUUUGGAGUGGUAUCGCUGGAGAUGGCGAGUGGGAGGAGGACUUACCAGGAUGGAGAGUUUCAUGUUUCUUUGAUGAAUUGGGUGUGGCAACUUUAUGUUGAAGGGGAGAUUAUGAGGGCUGCUGAUGAGAAACUGAACAAUGAGUUUGAGGUGGAUCAAAUGAGGAGUUUGCUUGUGGUGGGGCUUUGGUGCACCAAUCCGAAUGAUAAAGAGAGACCUAAGGCUGCACAAGUUAUUAAGGUUUUGAACCUUGAGGCUCCUUUGCCUGUUCUUCCACUUGACAUGUAUGAACGUGCUCCUCCUAUGGAGAUCAUUAGGAUGCCACAUCAUCCCAGUGGUAAGAAUCAUUCUGGGAUGUCCACACCCAUUACUUCUAGUCUUGUGAGUGUUGGUCGAUGAUCUGUUGUUUUCAUUCGUAAGAAUAAUUCAAGUAAUUCAAGUAUCAUGUUAGACUUCUUUGAUGGUGACCGAAUAUAUAUGUUUGUUCUUGGGUUGGAAUGAUUUCAUAAUUGUAUGUAUUUUGAUUUUGAUUUGAUUUCUUUUUAUGACAAAUUAUUCGUUUAGUUGAUGAAGGCUGAGACAGAUAUAUAUGUAAUUUUUUUUUGUGGGGUUACACAAGUCUUUGUUCAUGAAUGUAUAAUAGUACAAGCAGACAGCGUCAUGAAUAUGUACAAAUUAAUCGGAAUUGUCAUUUUCUGAUUCUUUACCUAA